AUGGUAUCAGUGGUCUACCUCAUUAUUGGCGUUUUUUCAUUCCCAUUGUUUCAGGUAUGUUUGAGUAGGAAAGAAUGAGGAAGUUAAUGGGGAAAGGGGGUUUACGUAAGGUACAAGGCAGACAUCAAUCCUGCUCGUUCUUAUCUCUGUAGGCUGCUUAAGUAAAAUCUGAGGUAAAAAAUUCAAAAAAUCGGAGUAAACUUUAUAGUUUGGUCCAAAAACUCAGAGAUAUGUAUGGUUAUUGUCCCAAAUACAAAAUUUUUUUUUCAGGUUAAAAUUAAUUAAAAACUCUGUAAAAUAAUAACUUUUGACGUUUUUUAUGUCAUCACCCUCAUGGUGAAUUUAAUUUUUCUCAAUGUUUUGACCCCAUAUGAACUGAAUUGACAUCCUUUCCAGGCUCUAAACAUAAUGGUAUGUCAUAAAAUAAACUGUUCGAAAUACGGUGUCGAGUGGGUUUGCGGAUCGGAUGGGAAGGAUUAUCUAAAUCGAUGUGAAUUGAACCGAAUGAGAUGUUUUGGGUCUCCGGUUGAAGAAGUUGGGAGGGAAAGGUGUAAAGGUAGGGUGGCUUCUACAUUCCUAUUAAUCUUUAUUUGAAAUCGCAUUUCUGUAGAUAAAUACAGGGUGUUUCAAGAAAUUCCCCGGAAAGCAAUCGUCGAUUUCUCGGCGCUCAGCCACGAUACCCAAAAAAUUUUUUUUGCAGGAGAAAGAAGGCUAUGGGCGGUUUUCUGCCUAAAAAGAUUUUUUUCUACGCCGACGCGGAAUGCAGUGUAUUCGGCGAAGACUUUUGAUCGUUUUUUUGGUCAUCACACACAUCUUAAACGCUUUUUUGUGGUUUCUGAUGGCUGAAAUGCGGAUAAUUUACUGAUUUUCGUGCUUAUCAAAUGUUUGGCAAAGGUAUGGCAGCCGCUCGCCAUAACUCAGAUACGGACCAGAAAUCGCCCAACACAAUUUUUACUGUCUGGCAACUGUUUUAUGCAGGUAUCGUAUAUCCUCCAAAAUUUUGUGGCCAAGCCUUGGCAGAUGUCUAGCCAUCACGGAGCCACUUGGUGCACCAGAAAACAACAAAAAAAUUUUUUGUUUAAAUUUCUCUUUGCUUUCUCUGUUUCAAACAUCCGCGCGGUGUGCUCCGACUUUAUCGAUGUUGCAGCGAUCGCACUGCACUGUGCAGUUGCUAAAUGGGAUCGCAUAGCGUUAUACCGUGCCUCCUGAUCCAAUGUGCAAAAAAUCUGAAGACUUUCCGGAUGCUGCAGUGUCACAGUAAAGCGUUUGAGAUUAGUGUGAUGGUCAAAAAAGCCAUCAAAAGUCUUCGCCGAAAACACUGCAUUCCGCGUCGGCGUAGAAAAAAACCUUUUUAGGCAAAAAACCGCCCAUAUCCUUCUUUCUACUGCAAAAAAAUUUUUUUGGAUAUCGUGGCUUAGCGCCGAGAAAUCGACGAUUACUUUCCGGGGAAUUUCUUGAAACACCCUGUAUAACAUUUUUCAGACAUGAUUUCCCAAAAACAAGUGUUAUCGAGUAUACAGACCUGCAAUGAUUACAAAUUGGAUACAACCAAACAAAUCUUGCUCAAGUAUUGGAAAGUCAAGUAUUUUAAUCAGUUUGGAUGUAAGUGUUCACAAGGGGAAAGCAAAACCUUUCUUUUUAAUUUCAAAAAAAUUAAUUCAUCAAAAAAACAUUCAAAUUUUUAUCCGGAAUGUCUAGAAAUGUGCCUUUAAGAAGCGAUUUUAAAAAUUUCAUAAAAAGUCGUCAUCAUGACUGAUGUUUUUGGAAAUUCUGAAAAAAUCGUAUUUUGGUGGUUUUGAUGACUAAACAAUCAUAGAUAUUUUUUGUUGUCUAAGACUCUUUAUUUUAGUAUUUUCCGGCUACUUCCGCGUGCUGGAUUACAUUUUCUCCUUGCUUGAUCUCAACUUGGACGAAAAGAUCUCAUUCAGCGAGUGGAUUCGCGGAAUUAUCGAUGAAAAAGAGAUCCAGUUGAUGAAAUUAGAGCUCAAAUGUCUUCAACGAAUCCUCAAAAGUUGUGAUUUCGACAACAGUAGGGCCAUAAAUCGAGACGAAUGGGCCGAAUGCUUCGAAAUUACUGUCAAGAGCUUCCAAAAAUUCGGCGGAGAUGGGUGUAAGUCUCCUUUUUUUUGGCCAAAAUGGAGUCCAAAAACUAAACUACAACAGUUUACAUCACUCCCUGUUGCAUUUUUUGUUAGCCUACGAGUCUUUUUAACAUUGUAAUAACAUUAAUUAUUUACAAAUUUAACUUUUUCGCUUCCUGAGUACCACUUUUUCUCCCUAUUUUUACAUUUUUCGCCAUUUUUAGGUGAUUAAUGCCAAGUGUAAUAUUAAUUGUUGUGUUCAAACACUUCGAAAGCAUUUUGUGUUACUUUUGUAUCUUCAGAACAUCUUAUUUAUACCGGGUGGCCAUUCUAAUACCUGAGAAUUGAAAUAACUCGAUUUUUUAAUGUAAUUGCCGCCAGUUAGAUAGUCUGGCAAUGACAAGCGGAGUGAUAUUAGACUUUUUUUUAAUGCAAUAACCCCUAAUUUGAUUCGAAGAAUUAUUAAUUUUUCACUUUUAAUCUGAAAUAAGGUGAAUCUUGGUAGUGUAAUAUAAAUAUUGCUGUAUUUUGGCCUAAAAAGCGACCUUUUAAUUUCCAGCAGGUGUUCUGGAGUGCUAUUUAAACCUUGUUGAUAAUUUUGAUUCUUCAUUUAUGGAUGAAAUUGCAAAAAGAUUUAAAUUUUCAGAAAUUUUAAUUAUUUUGAUUCUGUUGCAGCCUGCUAUUUGAAUUUUAAAAUUAUUUAAACUUUAGUAUUGGCUUUUUUGGCCACAAAACAUACGAAACGUAACUUUUUUCUGCUUAUUUGUUUUUGAGAUUUUUUGAUCGUUGAAACUCUAUAACGCGAUGAUUUCUGCAUAACGCGCUGUUAUAUUUUCUCAAAGAAAUGUGUCUCACAAUCUCCAAUAAUUCCGGGUUUCAUCGUAAUCCAUACACGGCUUCUUUUUCUAUGGCCAUUUCUCUCUAGUCUACCUUUCAUACUGUAAUUGAGUCUCAAAAUUCUAAAUUCCCUCCCUACAGCAGAUUUCUAAAUACCUUUAUUUUCGGCGGCAAUUCCCCGCCUAAAUGCCUGCAAUUUUUAUGCGCUUGCACUUUGCUGUACUUAUUAAUAACGCGCGUUUUGUGUCACUUAGUAAUGCCGUAAAUUCUUGGCAUUUAUUUUGGCAGUAAAUAAUUGAUAGGAGCGGAGUUCAAAAAGGCGGCCUUUUUUAAUCCCCGCAGGCAUUUUUGGAAAUGUGAUAAUCCGCUGAUGGCGGAUCUGACUUCCAUACAAAUCCCAGUCUUCGCGCUACUUUUUAAGACACUAUUAGCUCAAAAUUUUUUUCCUUGAAUUCAAAUUUUUUGAAUUAACCCAAUUAGCUGGUUUUUAGACUCCAUUUCCUCGUGUAUUUAACUUGUUUUUUGUACUGUGCACUAAAUGAGUUAUUGUUUCGAAAAGGCCCCCGAACAAUCUCGGAUUUAUUGGGUGGUUUGAAUAAUACGUGAGAAAGUGGUUAUGGGAAAGUUCUGGGAUGGACUAAUAGUUGGUUGGGGAGUAAUGAAUAUAUUUAUGGAGUUCCGGCUAGACGGUCAAGCAAGAGGAACUUAUCGUUUGCCCUGAAAAGCAAAAAAAUAUGAUACUUUGACAAUUCCCGGAUUAAAACACUCGGCGGUUUCUGCAAAGCGCAGGCUAGGAACUUUGCAUACGCUUUAGGAAAUUCUAUUUACUUCUCUAUUUUUGCGAAUUGUAAUAAAUUUUUGCAAUUCUUCGAGGACAAAAGCUUCUGAGAUUUUUUAUUUUUUGAUUCCUUUCCACCUUCCACAUAUUGUACUUUACUUCUAACUUCCGUAAAUUCCUUAUUAUUAGCAUACGCCAGAGUCGUUCUCCACUCGUCUAGACGUUUGCACUUGUGCCUGCGGCGCUUCGAUCUUUAAACUACCCCAACUUUUACAACUCUAGGCUACUCCUUAAUGCGGCUAUAAAGCGCUUUAAUUGAAACUGCUCAAAUGCCCUCAGGGUGUUUAUUUGCCGAAAAUGGGACUAUCUUUCGCUGUCUAAUUAAAAAAAAACCCUCGGGCUGUUUCCAAUUGUAGACCAGAAAAAGUUUUUUGUUCCGGGGGAGAUGAUGACUUAUGAGGGGUCCAAAUAACAAGCCCUUAGGCAGUUUGGACGCAUGACGACGGCAGCAAUUUCGGGUAGAUUUGGGCGUCAUUGCCGGAGGGGUUUUUGGAGGGGCUUACAGUUAAAGAUAUUACGCCAAUUCCAGGGUAUUAAUCGAGUAUUUUGGUUGGAUAAUCUGAUUUUGGACCUCAAAAUAACAUAAUAUUGGUAUGAAAAGGGUUGUUAUGGGUUUUCGGAGAUUUGUAGGCUUGGAAAGGCUGGAGCGCUGUCGAGUUAGUCCGAUUUUUUGCUCGAAUUUUGCGGAAACCUGCGAUUUCGGGAAGAUCUUCUCUUACUCCCCACAAGAUUCUCAAAUCUAAAUGUCUCGACUAAUUCUACAGCUCGUAGUCUGAUUUUUUCACAAUAUCUUCUUAUAUUGCCUGCGUCUGGCCAGGAAAAUCGGAUUAUUACUCUAAAUAACACCCACCGCCAAUUUUGUUUGAUGAUUUUAGUUGCAGCGAUGGUCCGCGGGAUUAUGUACGGAGUUACCCUCCUUUUCGUGGGUCUAUUUUGUCUGACUGUAGUAGUUACGAAGAGGAAGCGGCUCAUUCCAGUGAUUUAUAUCCAUAAAUGGCCAAAUGACACCGAAAGUAGGCCAAUAACUAGUAUUAUUGUGGUUGUAAAUGUCGUAAAUAUUCAAGGAAUUGGAGUUCUUGAAUUGUCGAGUGAUUGUGAUGUUUGUUAUUACUAUAUAGCCUAUCAAAAACAAAAUUUGUGUCAACAGUAAUCAAAUAUUCAUUCAAGUUUAAUUGAAUAAAAUAGGGCGCCUUUCAUGAGAAACUAUGAAGUCAUAUGUUUUCCGUGAUCUUUGAGCUUCGGUUGGUUGACAAAUUGUUUUGGGGAAGUUAAUAGUUAAAAAAAUUUAAAAAAAAUAAUUAAAAAAAUCACACUGUAGUCAAUAAUAUAAAUAUUAUUUUUAAUCAAAAAAUGUGUACUCGUAACGAUCGUACGGUAACAUCAGUAAUUUUUGAAAAUUUUACAAAAAUUUUUAGUCAUCAUAGAUAAUUGAAUCGACUUUUUCGGUAAUACAGGUAUCGAAAUGGAUAAGAAAUUUACUUUUCACUCUUUCCAGGUAAUAAACCUACUGUAACAUCAAAAAUUAAAAAAAAAUUUCGGCGAAUUUUAUAUUAGCUGUCAAAUAAAAGUCAAAUUAAUGUCACAAAUUAUUUAUUCCCACGUAAUCAUUGCUUGCUUUCCCACUCCGUCAUUUUUUUACUGCAUAACUAUGCAUAAUGUAACGUUUCCAGCAACACAGAAGGAGUCAUUCAUCUCCACGUUGGUCCCAAUUAAACACGGAAAGCUAUUCGCCAUGAGCAAAUCCGGUGAGAAAUAUGGUAAAUACUAUAUGUAAUGAACAGAGCAUCAAUUUCUGAACAUAUCAAAAGUAAUGUGAAAAAAUCUGGAGACCGAAUUAGUAAUUUUGUGACAUUUCUUUCAAUUUUUGUCUAAAAUAAGGUCCGAAACGUUUAAAAAUCACUUUUUUCGAUUAUUUUUUUAUUGAUAUUAUUCAGAUUCGUGAUUAAUUAAGUUAGCAAUAGCAUUAGGAAAGUUUUGCAUAUUCAAUUUGUAACUUUUUGACCUUUUGAUUAAAUUUUUCACCUAGAAUAAGGUCCAAAAUGUGCAAAUUUCUUCUUUUCUCUGCUUCCUGCUAAAAUUUCUUCCAGGAAUAGUAAUUACAAGUGCAAACAUUGAACCUAAAUUUACUUUUUUCAGUUUAUCCGACCAAAUUUAGUCAUCCGGACGCACCGGUGGCCAAGGAAAUCCCCAAAAAUGAGAAUAAUGUUGCAACGUACGAAACGGUCCACAAAUUGAGAAAUGACGUUUGCUUUGGCGAUAAGAGAAGACGGUUUCUACAGUUACUUUUCGCACAAUUCAGAUCCGAAAUGCAGUUAUACGGGUUGAUGCCGGAGGGAGGGAUGGGCGCAGCUCGCCGACAAAGCGCGGAAUGGAAAUUUACGCAAAUGGAUGUGAAUGAGGAUGGGGUAAGAGGGGAUUUCUUUGGAUUAGUGGUCAUCUGAAAAUAAUUUUUUAUUUUUUCCUGGAAGCGAUUUUCAUCGUAUAAAAUGUCCUUUUUUUAUCAUGCAAAAUCGUUCAAAAUGCCCAUUUCGAUGACUAUUCCCAAUUGUUUUUAGUACCUCUGUCACCACGAAUACCACACCUUCCGUCGGAUGAUUCGUCAUUGGGAGGGAGUGAAACGCUGUGGGCGUUCAUUUAUCCGGCAAUGUGAUCAAGAUUCGGAUAAACGAGUAUCCCUCGACGAGUGGAAACGGUGCACAAUAACUGGUGAGUUCCUACUGUAGAAUAUGCACUUUAAAUUCAUGGACCUCAAAAUUGGUUCCCAAGCCUGCUUAAUCCCUUGAAAGUGAUCACUUUCCUCCUUUACGCAGCUGAUUUUCAGCCUUCGACGAGACGAAGAUCAUCCCCAAAUCCAACCCGCUCCUUUAUCUCCUCAACUCGGGCUGA